UUCUUGACUGCAAAACGUUAGAGCAAGAUGGCAACAGUAGUGUUUGUUGAUCAAGAAAAUGGAGAUGUUGGCAGUGCGUUGCAUAAAGAUCGUGGAAUGUUCCUGAGCUCAAAGACUCAGUCCAGAAAGGCUGUGGCAUCGCUCCCAGGUAAAGUGUUUGGUAAAUCUGAGAUGGUAUCCAAGCCUUCCAGAAAAGCUCUGGGAAAUGUAAACAAGCAGAUCUUGCCAAAGACGGCAGCAACUGCACAAAAAAGUGACCUUAAACAGAAAAGCACUGUACCCAUCGGCAAAAAGGUCUGUUCUUCAAAGCAACCUGUUAAAGACUUGUAUCCUGAAAUUGAGCACUUCGUCCCUUAUAAUCCUUUAGACUUUGAAAGCUUUGAUGUUCCAGAAGACCAUAAACUCAGUCACCUUUGCCUAGCAGGUGUUUCACUCCUAGUUCAUGAGAAUGAAGUUGCAAGGUUUAAUGCUUUGACAGAUAUACAGCUGUGUCCUCUGGAGAUGCCGUCACUUAACAUGGUUUCAGAUUACUUGCCAUUUAUUGCUGCAUUAGAUGACAUUACUGUGGACUUGCCUCCUGUUGAAGACUAUUGACUUUGUUUUUUUAUAAUUUGUUUUUUAAAAUGUGUAAUAAAUUUUUUUUAAUAAAA